AUGCCUCAGGGUCGAGGCAGCAAGGCAGCCCAAAAUAGCCCUGAAAGCGUUGGGGCAGGCAGCGGCAGUGGCACAGGGGAAGGCGUGACCCACAAGUCCAACAACGCCACCGGAUCGCCGUACUCCUUCAACGUUCCUCUCACUGUGGUGUUGAUUAAUACUGAAGAAUCAACACCGGCGCUGAUGGGGCGAGCGGAAGGCAGCGACGCCAGCCAAUCAGCAGCCGCCCGCCAGCCAGGGACCCGAACUGUUGGGGCGGCGGACCCAACGAAAGCGGAAACCUCGGCUGGUUCUCCCCAGAUUGGUGGUGGAAUCACCUGUCGUUGUCCCUUGCUCAUGUCUGUUUCCGGCCUCUUUUCGCUGCUGCAUCAGCGCAUCCUCGGCCGGGCGACCGCGGUUGCACGACACAUUCCUAUUCAGUUAUUCACUAUUCUUAGUGAUCAUCCAACCGCAGCCCGCCUCCCCAACGGCGCUGUGGAUCCGCCACAUUUUGGUCUGGACAUUGGGGAACAAGAACACUAUAUCAGCAAGCGCCACCCACUGUCUUCCUUCUAA